UAAGUAGGUGGGUCAAUUGUUCGUGCCAGGUAGCCGUGUUCGGACAGAUGGCGGUGGUGGCGGGGAGCGUCUCGCAAAACCGGCCGGUGGGGAGGAGGGGAUAAAAGAGGAUCUUGAGUUUGAAGUUGCAUGGUCGAAGAUGAACUUUGAGAAAACUUGACUAGAUUAAUUUCGCUAAAUGAUUUGGAGCUCUACGGCUUUGAUUUGUUUAGGAGGGCAUUUACGAAGGUGUAGGCCUCAAGCCUCGAGACAGAGUUUGUGUUUGAUCCUGGGAUCGGGAAUCAAAGACCGAAUUGACAAUUGGGAUUCCUUGGUCGGGAAACUUUUGGAAAUAGGUGAUUGGGCUCGGAACAAGUGGCUCGUGUGUUGAAUAACUUGUAUAUAGUUUAAACGGCAGAUCCGGAGGGGUGGAUGUAUAUUGGCAAAGUUAAACGGAGUAGCUAGCUAACGUUAGCUAGCUAACUCAUUGCUCUUACAAUGUUUCAUUGCGGCUAGCUUGCGGGCUACCACCAAGUUAGCUGACAUUUCUAGCAAAGUAAAGGAAUGCCAAAUGGAUGAAUGGGCAAAUACUUGUAAUGCUCCACUGUAAACAGCUUCUUGGUGACCUCAGUGUUAAAAAUCAUUUGUGUAGUUAACUUGUUGGUAACCGUAUUUUUAUGUAAAUAGUAGCAUACUCGAACAAACAUCGAUUUUUAUUGCCGCUGCUACGCUAGCAAUCUGUUUAAUGGUGCGGACGGAGCACGGGCGUACCCUCAAAUGGAUGGGGUGCAAUUUAUCAUUAUUGGGCAGCAAUUUAGUUGAACAUUUAUGUUUAUUUUUUUCUAUACUUUUCUUUUUAGAUUCCAGGAUUUCUAGCAGAAUCCUUGGUUUAUGUAUUUAUAUAUAGCCACUGUAAAGCUAGAUAACUGGCAUCCUUGAAUAAUUUUUGCACUACUGAAAACGUAAACCGUAAAGUUGUCCUUGGUUUGCAAUGGGGAAUACGUUAUCAUGCUGCGUGUCUCCGGAGGGAAGCCCAAAGCUACCAAGGCAACCGGCUGAUCGCUAUGAAGACUACCAAAUAAACACGGAUGUGAGUGACGACACUGGCCCGUAUCUGCAGCAUAUCAGCGACCGGGAGGUGCCUGACGAACUGGCCCAGGAGUCCAACCCGUCAGACCAUGCCCGAGCCAGCACCAUCUUUCUCAGCAAGUCCCAGACAGAUGUGGAGUUGCGGGACAAGAGGAAAAGCAAUCACAUAAACCAUGUUAGUCAUACCUCUCCUGGCCCUCUCUGUAAGAAGUAUAGUUCCUGUUCCACCAUCUUUAUAGAUGACAGCACGGUCAGCCAACCCAACUUGAAAAGCACAAUAAAAUGUGUUACAUUAGCAAUAUACUACCACAUUAAGAACAGGGAUUCUGACAGGACUUUGGACAUUUUUGAUGAGAAGACACAUCCCUUAUCGAGAGAGAGGGUACCUGAUGACUACGCCCGUAUGGACCCGGAGCACAAACUCAUCUACCGCUUUGUCCGGACAUUGUUCAGCACAGCACAGCUUACUGCAGAGUGUGCCAUUGUCACCCUGGUGUAUCUGGAGCGCCUGCUGACCUAUGCUGAGAUCGACAUCUGUCCGUCUAACUGGAAGCGCAUCGUGCUGGGAGCCAUCCUGCUGGCCUCCAAGGUGUGGGACGACCAGGCUGUGUGGAACGUAGACUACUGUCAGAUUCUGAAAGACAUCACCGUGGAGGACAUGAAUGAGAUGGAGCGUCACUUCCUAGAGUUGCUGCAGUUCAACAUCAACGUCCCAGCCAGUGUUUACGCUAAGUACUACUUUGACCUGCGUUCACUGGCCAAGGACAACAACCUCAGCUUCCCCCUGGAGCCACUCAGCAACGAGAGGGCACAGAAACUGGAGGCUAUCUCCAGACUCUGUGAAGACAAGUACAAGGACCUUAGCAGAGCAGCCAUGAGGAGGUCCUUCAGCGCUGACAAUCUGGUUGGCAUCCGCCGCUCCAAUGCUGUGCUCUCAUAGACCAGACAUACUUUAGAACAGUUCUCUUAUUGGACAACGCAUUUGUACUCCCAAAACUGUUCUUCUAUUGGACAGCUGUACUCAGUCUUGCUCUCACUGGUCAGUGCCAAGUCUUCUGACCUCUACAGCCGAACCAACCAACUCCUAGGAUCUCUGAUGACCUUCCCCAUAACCCUUACAAACCUAACCCCUUUUAGAGUCUAGUUGCGGGCAGCUCUACAGGCCCAGGCUCCCCUCCCCAUGCCUGGCCUCUACCAGACUGCGCAAAAGAUCUUCAAUACAUAGAGGGAAGAAAAUACGUCUUUUUUCUGGUUUAUUUUUAAUGUUAUGUUUGCUUACUAUGUAGGCUACUAGCUGUGAAAUGUCUGUUUUUAAAUUGAAAAUAAUUUGCAGAUGGAGUAUUUUAAAUAAACACUAAUCAUGUAACAAGUCCUUGUG